AUGCCAAAAGAACGCGGCUAUAACCCAGUGCAAGCUCAGCGCAAAGCCGACAAGGCAAAGGCGAUAAAAAAGGGCAAGGCUGAAAACCAAGAGCGCCGCAAUGAGAGACUGGCCCGAAAGAACCCGGACCGCAUCCAGAAACAGAUUGACGACCUCACCGCCAUCGCCGCCGGGGGCGGCAAACUCUCCCGGCACGAGGAGCAGCUUCUCGAGGGGCUCGAAAAGGAGCUCAAGAGCGUCAGCAAGGCCAGGGAAUCGCUCGGCGACAGGGCGCCGUCAUUCGGCCAUGCACACGGCCGGGACGGGCCGUCGGGGCCGUCGGGGCCGCUGGGCAAGAGAAGACGCGAUUCCCGCGGCUCAAGCAGCGACGAAGACGUGCCUGACGACGUGCGCAACAUCCCCAUGCCGCGGGAUACGCCGCCUCCCAUCCCGAAAGACGUGCUGGACCGGUGGUACGCAAGGCGUCGAGCUCGUCGCGGUCAGGCAAAGGAGCAGAAGCCCGACGACGCAGUGAGGAGAGGCGACGACGCCACACCGAAGCUGGCGGGUCCGCCGCCCGUCCAGCCGCCCGUCCAGCCGCAAACUGUGUACGAAGCCAAGCCCGUCAUGAGGGAUCUCCGGCAAGAAGCCGUGUCGGCCUUUGUUCCGACGGCCGUGCAGAGGAAGCUGAAGAAGAGCCAGGGGCAAGGGGGAUUGCUGGAGCCGGAGGAGGCGGAUCGGCUUGAGAAGGAGGGCUACAUGAAGUCUGCGGACGCGGUCGCGAGGGAGGCUGCUGGUGCGCAAGGCUCACUGGCUGUCACUGUUGAAGAUGCCGAAGAAUGA